AUGUCUUUUGUAAGAGGUUUCAUGGCUGCAAAGAAGAUCCUUGGUGGCUCUAUAGCAGAAACUUACAAAGCAACUUCAGCACCAAAAGGGUUUCUUGCAGUGUACGUCGGUGAGAACCUGAAGAAGAAGCAGAGAUACUUAGUACCAGUCUCAUACUUGAACCAGCCUUUGUUUCAAUCUCUUCUAACUAAAGCCGAAGAAGAGUUCGGAUUUGAUCAUCCGAUGGGCGGCUUGACCAUCCCUUGUCCUGAAGAUACAUUCCUUACUGUAACUUCUCGGAUCCAAGGAUGA